UCUGAUUGGGGGAUGCCUGGAGCGUAGGGGUGAGGACUGGGGUGGGGGGUGGCAUCCAGAACCGUCCCGGCCCCUGGAAGGUGAAGGCCCAGGAGCUGGGGGCUCGGGACACGGAGUGUUGGGGCCAAGGCCAGGCUGGGGGCCGCUGUCCCGUCCUCAGAGCCGGAGUCCCUGGGAAGGACACUGUGGAGUCCUCCCAACCUGGGCCACUGGGGGCUGCUCUGGGGAGCAUAGUGCCAAGCAGGGGCACACCUGGCGAACGCCAAGGUCAGGGACAGUCACAUGUGGGCGGUGCCUGUGCGGCCUGAGCCAUGUCCCCACAAUGCUAUCCACCCUGAGUCUCCCAGUGGGACCUCAUUUGGAAAUGGGGGCCCUGCAGGUGUAACUGGUGAAGCUGAGGGCACAAAGGGUGGGCAUGGGCCCUAAAUCCAGGAACGGGGUCCCCAUAGGAGGGCAGAGGACACUCACAGGGAGGACCCUGUGAGGACAGAGGCAGAGACUGGGGAGACACAACCACGAGGCAAGGAGCCACUCCUGGGGACCCUGGACCCCAACCUCUGGCCUCCCGCCCUGUGCUCCAGGCCGCCAGGGUUGUGGUCAUGGCCACAGCAGUCGCAGGAAGCUAACAUGGCCCCACAACGGACCAGCUGGGGUCACCCAGGAGGAGCCAGGGAGUCGGUGGGAGCGGCAGAAGCCCUUGGGGACACUUCUGGGGGAGGCUUUCCUGGGAGCAAUAGGUGAGGGGAGGGUUCCCAGCCCCCCAUUCCCACCCCAGGGGUGGCUGCAACUGAGGAAUGCAGGCCCCUGGGAAGAAGCCUGGGGAAGCAGGGGGUUCCUCCAUUAACGAUGAAUUGCAAACACCUCUGAGCUCUGGGCAGGUGGACGGCGGCAGCCCAGAGGCGUCCCAGUAACCACUGGGCCAGUGGAGAUGGUCACGGUUGUCCAGGAGGUCCCGAUGGCCAGGGGAGCUGGGCAGGUGCCGGGCCCUGGCUGGGGGUCCCUGGGACCUCGCUCCCUUCCCCUCCCCCUUCCCCUCCCCUUUCCCCAGGGUCCUCCUGUGGCCGGGAGCACUGUUCACCCCGCUGGCUGCAAACGCAGGAUGCCCUCUAGAGAGGCCUACUCCAGAACUCAAAAUAGCAUGAAAUUUAAUUUUCCGCCUAUUUGACAAGGCUGGGUCCAGGCCUCAGUCAGCAGCAGAGAUAAGGGUCCCAGGGCCCGGGGGCGAGCCAGCUGCGCCCGCACAAACACUCCACAGUCCCCGGGCAGGCUGUGUGCAGGUGAGGCCGGGGGCGUGCUCCCCCCUCGGGGCCCUGGUUGCUGGGCGCUAAAGCAAACGGGCUCUAUUUGCCCAGUCUGCGAUGACAAUGCUGUUGCCAAAUAUUUGCCAGCUCCUGGCGGCUGCAGAGCGCGGCUAUAAAUGCUCGUGUCCAGGUGGAGGGUGUGCCUGUGGAUCGAGAGCUGCGGCCCCGGCCAGCCAGCCCCUGCUGCCCCGGAGGCCCCAGAAGCGUGGGACGUGCGGAGAUGGCCGCCGGUGUGAUCCGGACCCUGUGCGACUUCCAGCUGCCCCUGCUGCACCACCACCCCUUCCUGCCCUCAGAUCCAGAGCCCCCGGAGACUUCGGAGGAGGAGGAGGAGGAGGAGGAGGAGGAGAGGGAGGAGGGGGAGGAGGGGGAGGAGGAGGGCGAGGGGCUGGAGGGCUGCAGCCAGAUCCUCCCAAGCUCAGGCCGGGCAGAGGCCUCGGAGGAGGCAGCCCCUCAGGGUCCCAGCAGCCCCGAGAUGCCGCUGCAGCUGCUACGCUUCUCAGAGCUCAUCAGCGACGACAUCCAGCGGUACUUUGGCCGCAAGGACAAGGCGCAGGACCCAGAUGCCUGCGACGUCUACGCCGACAGCCGCCCAGCCGGCAGCACUGCCCGGGAGCUCUACUACGCGGACCUGGUGCGCCUGGCCCGCAGCGGGUCCCUGGAGGACGAGCACACCCCGGAGCCCGGGGUCUCCCAAGGGCAGGUGCGCAGGCCGGGCCUCAGCGGGGACAGGGCGCAGCCCCUGGGACCCCUGGCCGAGCUCUUCGACUACGGGCUGCAGCAGUACUGGGGGUCCAGGGCGGCGGCCAGCUGGAGCCUGAGGCUGGAGCGGAAGUACGGCCACAUCACCCCCAUGGCCCAGAGGAAGCUGCCCCCAUCCUUCUGGAAGGAGCCGACCCCUAGCCCCCUGGGCCUGCUGCCCCCUGGCACGCCCGACUUCAGCGACCUGCUGGCCAGCUGGUCAGCCGAGGCCUGUCCUGAGCUGCCCGGUAGGGGAACCCCAGCCCCGGAAGGGGCACAGCCAGGCGAGGCCUAGCAAGGCACUGGGGUUGGAGUCAGCUGGCGGCAGCGGGGCCGCCCCUGAGGCACUGGACUCUCCUCCCAUCCUCCUGGGAAGAGCCUCCUCCAUCCCUCACAGCUGCCAAAGGGCAAACCGAGAGGUCACCAGGGCCGGGCUGCAGUGGGAGCAGCAAGGGUGGUGCCCAGGCCUGGCCACGCCCUGGCCUUCAGCCCCAGCAGAGCCCCUGGAGGGGCACAGGGAUCUCCAGAGCCCAGCCCACAGAAGAGGGAGCCUUGAGCUCAGGGGGCUCCAACCACCAGGACCCCCAGGGGAGGCUGAUGGGCCAGUCCCAGAGAUUCCAGGUCAGCAGCAAAGGGCAAUGGAGGACAGAGGCCUCCGAACCAGCCCUCCCACUGCCUGCCCACCCCACAGAGCCCUAGGGCUGAGCGGCCCGGAACCUGCAGCCCCUCGCCUGAGGCCCCCGGCAGCAGGUGGCAGGGCCGGCGACCGCAAGAUGAGCGACGGCCUCCUUGGAAAGGCAGGAAGAGGGGCCCACUGCCCGACGGAGAGCACAAACAAGGGCUGUCUCCUCCACAGAUGCUGGAAGGUUCUUCCACUGCAGGGUGCUGGGCUGGAGUGGCUCUGAGGCAGAGCCAGAGAGCCCCAGGCCAGGGAGCGUCCCCAGGUCCUCCUCACAACCUGGGCAGGGCGGCUCACUGGGGGUCCUGGCGGGGGCAGGCCUAGGUGCUUCUGGGCAGACCCCAGCCCAGCCCCUUCCACCCCGGGGGGCUCUGGCAGCCCUAGGGGGCCUGGCAGGGAAGGAGAGGGGCUGCUGAAGUGCUAGGAAAAGCAACAGCCUGAAGCCAGGCUGGGCUUGGGCAGGACAGGAAGAGUUGUGGGGCUCAAGAGUCUGGCUCUCUCCAGCCUUGGGCACCCCCGCUGCCGGGGGCCUCGCCACCCCUCUCACCCCACAGGCCCUGAGGAGGCUGUUCGCUGGCACGCAUCAGGGAACCUCAGCUCUAAUGAGUACAA